GCCGGAACUAGGCUACCAACAAGGGACAGGGAAAGAAGCAGCCUCAGAUCACUACAGGAAGUCCCGCCUUCUUAUACUCCGGUUGGCCAAUCAACCAGCAGAAAGUUUUGGAGUGGUGUAGUGCUUUAAAUCUCCUAGGCCCCGCUUAAGGGGUCGUAUUCGAAAAGCGGGUUAGUUGGUGGAAGCUGUCGGUACUGGCGGCAGAAGAAAGUUAGCUGAGUGUUGUGGGAGGAAUCGUGAGCAUGGGCACCGCUGAGGAAAAAGCUGCCAAUGAUCUUCUGGCAAAAUGUAACAUAGACCUGCGUGUUAAUAACCUCUCUGAUUGUGGUGCUAAAAUGUUUGUUCAUCUUUAUGAGUCAAUAUUAGGGGAGAAGGUUCCAGAUUUCAUAGCCAUGCCUUGCUGCCAAGAAGAUGAUGCACAUAAUGUGCAGGCAGUAAUAGAUUCUUUGGCACUGGACUACUUGCAAGUCAGCUUAUCGCAUAUAACUGGGGAGAACAUUGUGAAAGGAGAUAAAGAGUCUAUUAAAAAUCUCUUGGAGAUAUUUGAUGGCUUGCUUGAGUACCUGACAGAAGAGCUUAGUGAGACUGCUUCUCACAAUGGUGGUGGUCCUAACCAGAUGGCUACAGGUGAAGUUCAAGGCACUUCUUUGGAGGACAAACAAGCAACAGUGUCCUCCCUGAAGCCACCAUCAGCUAUGGGGUCCCCUCAGUCAUCAGAGAUUGUUGCUCCACUGUGGGAGGUAGAUGGUUCGGAAUCGACAAGUGAGCUAAUUAAGCUUGGUGACACAGCUUAUUUGUUUUCUCUAAGACAUGAAGAGCUGCCAGCAGAAGGAGAAAUCUCAAAGACUAUUGCAGAACCCAAAGAGCGUGCCCCUUCUAAAGAACCAUCUAGUAUACUUUUCCGUGGCAGAAGUGUUCUUGUUGCAGAAGGAGCAGCAAAAUUUACUGCACUGCCCAGAGAUGAAUUGAGUUCCAGUGCUAAAAAGCUUGGGGAACCGAUACGCCCAGCUAUUCCUUUGCAGCCACCGUAUCAGCCUUCAAUAUCCAGGCCCUUUCACCUAAAUGAAAAGAGCAAUGGAGGUUCAGGCAGAUAUUCCCCACCAUUCAAGGACACGCCCUCUAAACCUCAAAAACUUGCAUCCUCUGACCUGGCAGACUGUGUAGAGCAAAAGUCUCAAACCCUUUCAGGUGGCAUCCUUUCUCUAUCAAGGAUCACUUAUGAUCUGCCAAAUGCAGAGGAUGAACCAGAGUCAGAAGCUGAUGAGCUGGUGCCAGACGUUGGCCUGGAUGAUAUAGAGAAGGAAACUGAUGAGAAUGUUCAGUAUAAACCAGUACCCAGCUCCGAGGAGGACAGGUUACCAAGAUACAAAUCGACACAAAGUACGAGGCCAAAACAAAGGAAUCUGCUUAAUAGGAAAAGCCAGCUUGAAACUUCCAUCGCAGACUCCCUUGCAGAAGAAUCUCUUUCCCGAAGAAGGAUGAGAGAGCAGCUGUCUAAACUAGAGCUGCACAACAUGUCGGAGAAACUCUCUCGCAGGCUGAAUGAGCUUGAUGCAAUGUUAAAACACGCUUUGGGUGAAAGAAGCAGGGAGGAGUUGUCAGUGGAGGAAGACCACCUUUCUCAGCACAGCGACAGUGUCAUGGAUUACCGCCAGAUGAAGCCAGAACUAGCUGCUUCACAUCCAAGAAGACCACCCAGCAGGCGACGGUCGCUUUCUGCUUCCCCACCUCCACCCACCCGGCAGCGAUCAUACGAGGUGGGCAGGGCACUUGGGAAAGAUGUACAAGGGCCAGCAGGGAUAAUGCGUGAUCACUUGCAAAGGGAAGAGGAGCAGCGGAAGUUAAGAGCAAAGCUGUUGACUAGAGCCUAUGAUGAUGAACUAAGAGCUUAUGAGGCUUGUGAGAGAGUCGAACUUACGAAGCUAAGAGCAAAGGCCAAAGAAAUGGAACAAAAGUACAAGGAGAACUUGUUUAAACAACCGCCUCGAGAGCCCCGGCCAGCCAAGAUUGAUUCUAGAAAGCACGUCCCUCGGAAUCGCAAGCCCAGCCAGUGGAUUCCUAGCAGAGGGUUUGCCAAGCCAAAGAAAGCCGCUCCGAUGAAGGUCAAGGAAAAUGACCUCCUGCCUCUGCUACUGGAGGAUUUCCCCCACCUGCACAUUUCCCACCCAACUAUGAACAAGAUGUGGCAGAAGCAGCUUGCGCAGAUCGAACAACUGAAGUCUCCCAGCAAGAGAAGCCAGCUGAAACUCCAAAGCGAAGUGGUAGAAGCACUGAAGAAGCAUGAUCUCCUUGUUGAAAUCAUUAAGAAAGAGCAGGCUCAUAACAGGAGACUGCAAGAGUUUAGGCAACGUAUUAUUCAGCAGAAAUGUACUCAGAAUAAGAUGAGAGACAGACGCCAGCAAGUUGUCAGAGCCAAAAAGUACUAUCAAGAUUACAGAGUUCAGCUGCGGGCCAAGAUGAUGAGGGCAAGGACACGUGAGGAGCGGAUAUUUAAAAACCUGUUUGAAGAAGGCUUAGAAAUUCAGAAGCAAAGACUGCAUGAACUAAAAGUAUAUACCAAGGAUAAGCGUGCUGAGCAAAGGAGACAACAUCAAAUUGAACUGGAAUCCAUGGAGAACUACUAUAAGGAUCAGUUUUCAAUGCUGGCAGAAACUGUUUCAGAAGAACGCCAGGAAAUCCAAGCCAGAGAACAAGCACAUACAAGAAUGUUAAGCAAAGUGAAACGUGAGCUGAAAUCAAAAAUGGAGAAAGAGAUUAAAGAGUUGCAGGACAUGAUCACACGAGAUGAUGAUGAUUCAUUCUUCCGAGAACUGGAAGCUGAUCACCUGAAAGCCAGACUUCAGAUGGCAUCCUUUCAGUACAGCAAAAACUACCACUUCCUUUAAGACUUGGGGUAUCUGUCAAAUAUUCAUGUGACUUAUUUCUGGCAAAGAUACCAAGAUGGUACAAUACCAACAUUGCCAGAACAAAGAAUGAAGCUGAUAGCUUGCUUCAACGACCAAAAUCUAACCUUAAUCUUGUUUACAGUGUCAAGAGUCAUAAGAAUAUUGCACAAUAUUUUCCAGAAGGUCAGAUUUUUAAAAGACUUUUUCCCAAUAAAGAUGAGUUUCACAACAUCAGAA